AAAGCAGGGCUGAAACAUCAAUCCGGGGAGCGGUACCUGUGUAGUUAAUUAAAGCAGACCCUUGUUUCUAAGCGGAUCCUUUCACCAUGGAAGAGGGGCUGUUCUUUAAAUCAGCGCUACCUGCACAGGACUCCUUCGUGCUGGAUGACUCGAGUCUGGCUCUGCCGGCCGAGCCGACUCCGAUGUCCUCGACGUUGGUGAAUUCAAGCGACCGGAGUCUGCGCGUUCAGCAGCAGGUUCAGCUCACACUGGCACGAAGGACAAGGAAGCCUGUGUCAAAUGGUAGUGUUUAUUUACAGAAAAACACAGCGAAGAGCUUUGAUGCAGCAGAUGGACCUUUCCCAAACUUGAAGGUAAAUGGACUGAGCUACACUAACCGCUCUCUUUCAAGCAACCACUUGCGGAGACCAUCCAGGAGAGUGGAAGUGUCUCCACCACCGAGCCCAGAGUUUUCUCGCAGUCGCUUCAAUCACAGUACCCUCCGUUAUGGGACAUACACGCAUCCAGGACCCAGUCAGUUACACAGGGCGGGCCCUCUGCUGGACCGCUCAUUUGGUUCUGAUUCAUUUCAUCGAUACGCCUUCUCAGAGGCUCCCCGUGGCACGCGGCCGCACAUGUCCACAGCUGCACCAGGGAGCUUCCGCCAGAGGUCACUCAGACAGACAACAGCACCACAGCCCGUGUUUGCAAACGCAGCGUUCCAGCGAAGCGGUGAAUAUGGCUCACGCCGGAGUCAUAGCCAAACUGUCAAUAAACAGGACAAACACACCGUGCAGGGACAAAACGGUGAUAUGAUACUUGGUGCUGUCCAGCCUGAUGAAGGCUCGUCCUGGUUCACUCAGAUCAGGAGGGAGAGUCAGGGGCUCCGCAGACUGAAUUCAUACCCGCCCUCGGUCACCAGCGUGGAGGUAGACAUGGGGAGGCAGAUGGUGGUGGGACUCCCCAUUCAGCAGAAACAGGCGCAGAAUGUCAUGACGCUGGAUUCUGGGAACAAGCCUCCGGAGAUGACGUUAGAGAGGGCCGUGAACCUGUUGACCCAGGAUGAUGAGGAAACACUCAUCUGCGCAGCCAGCGUCAUACAGAAUCAAUGUUUCAGGAGUGCCGACGCUAAAAAUAUUGUAUUCUACCUCCACGGGAUUGAAAAGCUCCUGCCGCUCCUCGGCAAUGACAGUGAGGAAGUGCAGCGCGUUGUCGCUGGGGCGCUACGUAAUGUCGUUUACCAGAGCAGUGAAAACAAGAUGGAGGUGAAGGAAAAUGAUGGCUUGGCCAUCAUUUUGCGUGCACUGAAGAACAGCCGUGAUGUGGAGACCAGACGAGAACUUACUGGUCUUUUGUGGAACCUCUCCUCUCAUGAUCUUUUGAAGGAGCGUCUCUCCAGAGAGGCAUUAUCUGUCCUCACCAAGUCGGUCCUGGUGCCCAGUUCUGGCAUUUCUGAAGGCGAGAACCCAAAAGACGAGCUCCUAGCUGAUUCUGCUGUUUUUCACAAUGCCACCGGCUGCCUGCGAAAUCUGAGCUCUGCUGGUCCAGAUGGCAGGAAAGCAAUGAGGGAGUGUGAGAAUCUUAUUGACUCUCUGAUCUACUACAUCCGGGGAGCCAUAGCUGACUAUAAGACAGAUGACAAGUCCACAGAGAACUGCGUCUGCAUCUUGCACAACCUGUCUUAUCAGUUAGAGGCAGAGCUUCCAAAGAAGUACACCAGAGAUCUCAGAGACUCUCGACUAAGCUUGGCACCCAAACCAAAGGCUGUCGGCUGCUUUGCUUAUCGCAGUGCCAAGAUUCCAGAGCAUCUGGAGCGACAGUGCCCCCUGCUGGAGGAGAAGGCUAACCCCAGUGGCAUGGAGUGGUUGUGGAGCGCCAUCACCAUCCGGAUGUACCUGUCACUGAUGGCCCGCAGUGUGCGUCAAUACACCCAGGAGGCUGCCAUCGGAGCCCUGCAGAACAUCACGGCUGGGAACGGACCGUUGAUUGAAGCCAUCUCCUUCACUAUUGUUCAACGGGAAAAUGGCCUCCAGCAUGUCAAGAAGAUGUUAGAGGAGGGAGAGAGUGCUGUGAAGAGGACGGCUAUAUGUCUAAUAAAAAACCUCUCCCGCUACCACGAACUGCACAAUGACAUUGUGGAGCAGGUGUUGACAGAACUGGUGGGGAUGCUCCCCAAUGACGACACCGGCACCGACCUGCCCACUGAGGUGACGACUUUUCUGUGUCAAAUCCUAAAUUCCCUGAGUCAGAGUGACAGGCAACACGUCAGAGCCAUCGUCAAUCAGGGAGCCCUCCUGAAGGUCAUCAACAUCAGCAGCAAGGACAACGGUAAUGGACCAACCAGGGCAGGUCAGGCAGCAUGCGUCCUGCUGCACACCAUGUGGAAACACAGUGAUCUCCAUGCGGCCUAUAAGAAGUGUGGGUACAGGAAAACUGAUUUCAUCAAUGCAAGGACAACGAAGGCUGCGAACUCCAGAUGAGACUGAGUCGAAGAUCUAGAAAUACCAAACUGAAGUCGCAAGUGUUCACAAUAAGAGCACUUGUGGUCCCAAAUCACUCACUGCACUGUUCUUCCUGUAAUGUCACAGUUUAGUACCUGUUGGUUUCGUGUAAUUGUACGUUUUUCAAUCAAUGUUGCAAACAAAAAAUUGUGAACUUGACCAUUCCAUUGAAAGUUCCAUGAAACGGCUCUAAAAGUGUAAAUUAAUUUAGUUUUUACUUAUGUUAGUGCCGCUGUUAGUGUUAGUUAGCUUAAGGACAAACGUGUCAUUUUUAUUAUAUGACACAGGAAAAGAACGGGUUGUUAUAUUAAAAUAGAUAUGAUGGAUAACAGAAUAAACCCACUGGCACAUAGCCGGACAUUACAUUUUUCAUUUCAUGGGACCCUUUAAAGCACUUUUUCUUGACAUUCCUCAUCAAAUACUUCUGGCCACUGCCCUGGUGCCUCUUAGUCUGAAAAACUGACAGAUGAAUGUAGAAACUGUUCCUGAAAACUUUCUAGCAAAGAAAAUGAAAGAAGUUUAAAUUAAUUCUUAAUGUUUGUGUAGUGUGUUUUUUUUUUUACUGUAGCGGCAGCUCAACAGUAGAAAAUACUGUUUUGUGUGUUUUAUUUAGCACUUAAGGCAGCACCGUAAUUAAACAAAAGAACCACAAUCUUCAAAUAUUCACACCAAAGAUAUUGUGAAGGAUAAAAUCAAAUAAGCAUAAUUAUUCUUGACAAAACUAUAAUGUGUAUAAAAUGUGUUUUUAAAUAAGAUUUUCUGCUGUAACACACAACAACAAGCUGAGCUCUUGCUUUCUGACUUGAGUUGUUUCCUCAA